AUGGCGCAUGACGUUGAACAUAAACAGGAUGGAAGUAUAGUUGUGGAGCAUGAUCAUGGGCAACAGGAUGCGAAAGCACAACAUCACACCUCUAGCGCACAUAGUCACCACUUCAACUGGCGACAAGCCAUCAGUCUCGUGUUCUGUAGUGGCGGCAUUCUCGUUUGUUAUUUGUGGUUUGGAAUCGUUCAAGAGGCUAUGUGA